AUGGAGUUCAACAUGGCCGCCCUCGACCUCUCCGACAUGAAGCGGUUCUUGCUCUCCCCGUGCCCGCGAGCGGCGGGCGUGGUCCAGUGCUACAUCCGCCGUAACAAGACCAGGGCCAACAAGAUCUUCCCGGAGUACAGCCUCUUCUUGAAGGAGGGAGACCGCUUCCUCAUGUGCUCCAAGAAGCGCCCCAACAACGCCACGUCCAACUACCUGGUGUCGAUGAGAGCGGGGGAUUUGGACAGAAACUCGACCAACUUCCUCGGAAAGCUCCGGGCCAAUUUCGUGGGCACAGAAUUUCAGGUGUUCGACGAUGGUUACAGCCCGAAAGAGCUCGGCGGAGGAGGGGGCUGGGGCAGCGGCAACUACGGCGGCGGCAGCGGUGGCUCUGGGAGCGGUGGUGCCAAGAACAUGUCUCUUCGGGAGGAACUGGGCUGCGUCAUGUAUGCCUCCAACGUACUCGGCUCUAGGGGGCCGAGAAAAAUGCAGGUGGCGAUUCCUGCCGUGAACGAGGCGGGAGAGGUGUGCAAGUGGUCCGGCCUGGAGGGGGGCCGGGGCAGCCAGACCGCAGGAGGCGGCUCCAAGGCCAUCGAGAGGGUCAAGAACAGGGACUACGACGGGUCGCUAUACAUGGUCAACAAGCCUCCCCGGUGGAACGACCAGGUGGGAGCGUACGUGCUGAACUUCUACGGGAGGGUAACCAUGGCGAGCGUGAAGAACUUCCAGCUCGUUUCCACCGAAGAUUUCGACCGCAUCAUUCUGCAGUUCGGCAGGGUGGCUCGAGAGGAGUUCACCAUGGACUUCCAGUACCCCAUUUCACCGUUCCAGGCGUUUGCGAUCACCCUCAGCUCCUUUGACUCCAAGAUAGCGUGCGACUAG